AUGGGAACUUAUUUUAAGUUGACAUUAAAUUUCUUAUCAAUUUUGAUAAGAAGUUUGAAGAGGUUUAGGAGAGGUCUGAGGGUUUCUUUAAACCCUCAAAAAGAAGGCAAAGUGAGAGAAAGACAAGAAGAUGGAGUGAGAAACAAGACAAAGUUUAUGUUGUUCUUAAAAAGCUACGACGAACUUCGAAUAAAAAACAUGAAAGCAACUUACGAUUCGAUGCUUCUUCUUAGACAAUCCGAAAGCAACUGGCAAGCAGAAAUUUCAUUCGGUCAUAAUUCAAAUGAAAUUUAUUAA